AUUUAGAUAUCAUUUGAAAGAUCAAAUAUAUAAGAAACCAAAUCAGAGAGAGUGGGAGAAAGGAGCCAUUAGCGAUGAAGUUCAAGGAAAUCGCAGACGCAUUCAGGGAACUAGCGGUCAUUGUGAAUAAGCCGAAUUCGGACGUGCCUGUGAAGCUGUUUUCUCACGCUUGCUCUCGCUUCUUUCUCAUAUUUACCGUCCUUAAACCUGCCUUCAAGUUUGCCGAGAAUGACUAUGUUUCCAAGGUUAAUGAUCUUGCCAAGGCAUCACCCUCAACAUUGACAUUAGAGGCAAUGGUUGAUAGAGAUAUUGAGGCAAAACGUGUUAGGAAAGUUGGUAGUCAUACAAGAAACCUUUUGAGGGUAAAGCGUGGUCUAGAAAUGAUAAGGGUUCUAUGUGAAGAGACAUUAGCCACUGAAUCUCGAGAGAUCUCAACGAUUAUAAGAAGACGUAGGAUUCUGUAUUCGCGGAGAAUCAACGAAUUCCUCACGUUCUCUCGUUUCUGGUAUUCUGAGGAAUCAACAGAUCCGAGAAACCCUAGUUAUCCGGUAUUCCGAGGAAUCAACGGAUCUCUAGUUUUAUCCUUAAACGGUUGACCGGAAACGUCUACCCUAUCACAGGCGAAAGUCUGUUUUCUGAAGAAGAAGAAAACCAUGAGAUCUACAGAGAGAUCUAUGGUGGUCCCAUCUAUGAUAUCUAUGAAGAAGAUGUUAUAGAUAUCGAUUUGGGUUUUCUAGAAGAUGCUUUUGAGAUUCUGAUUUCUGCAAAUUAUGGGCGAAAUCAGAACAGUGCAAAAUCUGGGCGAAUUUCGACUUGUGCAAAAUUCGUGUUUUUUGCAGAAGUUAUGGAAAGUCCGAUCUGUGCAAAUUUCGUGCAAUAUCCGACCUGUGCAAAAUUCGUACAAGAAGAUAUUCGUGCGAAUUUCGUGCAACAUACAAGUCGUGCAAAAUUCGGUUCAGAUAUGGUUCGUGCAAAUUUCGGGCAGAAUCAAAAGUUGGAGAUAAAGACAGAUAUUCGAAGAUCUCCUAUGCUGAAAACCCUACUGAAGAUUCGGGGACGAAUCUUUCUUGGCCGGCGGGAGCUGAUGCAGCGCAGAUACAAGAUUCUAGGACGAAUCUUUUCUUGGCCGGCGAGACCUGAUGCAGCGAGAUAUUUGGAAAUAUUUCAAAUAUCUAUUUCUAUUAUCUUUUAAUUUAUUAAUUAUAAUUAUUCUAGAAUAUUCUAUGGAUUUUAGGGUUUUAUGCUUUUAUUAUAAAUAGCCUUCUUAGGCCUCCUAUUGUAUGAAGUUAUUGAUGAAUUGAUUAAUCGAAAGAUUUAAAGAGGUUUUGAUAAACAACUGUGAAGAGUAUUCACAACCCUAAGAGCUUUUGCGAAAGCCCUGAGAGGAGGACUCUCAAACCCUAGUUUUCCGGUAUUCCGAGGAAUCAACGGAUCUCUAGUUCUAUCCUUAAAGCUUCCGCUACUUCAGUUGGUAUCAGAGCUCUGUCUCUUUGAUUUCUCAAUCGAAGAACGAUUCUGGUGAUCAUGUUGAGUGGUAACUUUUAUCCCUUUGCAGAAGAAAGUUUGUUUGAAGAUGGUUACAUAGAAAUUUACGGUGAUCCUAUCUACGAUAUCUAUGAAGAUGAUGAUGUCUUACUUAUUGAUCAUGUCGAUUUUAUGUUCAGCGAUGGUGCGUUCGAGAAAAUCUGUGCAGAAUUCGGGCAAGAUACUCUUCGUGCAAAAUCCGGGCGUAGUCAGAUCUGUGCAAAAUUCGGGUUUCCUGCAGAAAACAUGAAAGAUCAGAUCUGUGCAAGUUUCGUACAUAUUCCGGUCCGUGCAAAUUUGGGUCAAAACGGAUUCGUGCAAAUUUUGGGUCAAAUCAGAUUCGUGCAACUUUCGGGUCUGAUCCAGUUCGUGCAAAAAUCGGGAAAAAUCAAGAGAUGAAGAUAAAGAUGGAUCUGCGAAGAUCUCCAAUGCUGAAAACCCUGCUGAAGAUUCGAGGUCGAAUCUUUCUUGGCCGGCGAGAGCUGAUGCAGCGCAGUUACAAGAUACGAGGACGAAUCUUUUCUUGGCCGGCGAGACCUGAUGCAGCGUAGAAUUAGGAUAAUUCCAAAUAUCUUUAUUAUUUCCUAAUAUCUCUAUUUCUUUAUUUAGAUAAUUUCUAUUUAUUGUUUUAUGAAUAUUCUAGAGUUUUUUAGAUUUAUUAUAAAUAAGGCUUUUAGGCCUAGGGUUGUAUACAAUUGAUUUGAUUAAUAAAAUUAAAGAGCUUUUAGUUUUUCAG